UGAUUAGUUUCGAAACAAAAAUCGAUUAAAAGUGCAAGAACAACGAUGAAAAUUUAUUAUUUGUUUAUGACGACAAAUUAAAAAAACAACAAUAAAAACUAAUUAACAAAGAUCUCAUUAAACAGAAAUCACAUUCAAAAGACCUAAUUAUGAAGGUUUUUAAUCAAAUUAUUUUUCUACUUUCUUUGGGAAUUGCAAAUCUUUCUCAUGCAAAUGAUAUAACACAAAAAGUAUUUGGUUCUGUUAAAGAAGGAGUUGUGGCAGCCUUCGGUGAUUUCAAUUCCGACGAACUGACAGAUGUGUUUGUUAUCAGCAAUGAAUUUACAACCCUUCAAAUUCUAUUGGGGUCUUAUACCGAACCACUCCUCCAUCCCGGACCAUUCUGUAUCUUUGACAAGAAAGAGAUUACAAGUGUGGUCCCAGGAGACUUUGACGGCGAUGCCUUAAUGGACGUCCUCGUCACAACCCGCGGAUCAAAGAAUAAUCUCCUCGAUGUCUAUAUUAACUGGGGUGCAUCAGACUCCCUAAUUUGCGCCAAUGCGUCCACUCUAACCACCAACGGGGAACCUUUGGCUAUCGACUAUAAUCGCGACAUGAUUAUCGAUCUCUUCGGCGUGAAUGAAGACAACCAACGGACAUUCUGGAUUUUCCAAAAGAAUCGUCUACCUCCCCAGGUAGUUCCUCAAGUACCGGCCCCAAAUAAACAAAAUGAAAAUGCCUUCAUCCAAACACCGCAUGCAAAUGCGUAUUUAGACAUAAAUCACGACUUUACGGCAGAUCUUUUCAUACAAACCGAAAAGUUCUUUGAGGUUUGGUACGGCAAGACCGAUGACGAUAAACAAGGAUUCCUUUUUAAUCACAAAGUUGACUUGAAUAUUGUUGGAUCGCCCAAGACCCAUGUCGGACAGAGUAUCUUUCUCGAUUUGGAGUUGAAAGGAGUUCAAAAUCAGAUUUUGCCAAUGUGCUUCCGAGAUGAAUGCACUAAUUCUACCAUCCUUGCUCAUGAUGGACAACAUUUUAGAGAUAUUCAUGUGAAUUUUAAAGAUCCUCAGGGUGUUCAGUGGGGAUUUAUUGAGCCUGUUGAGGAUGAUGUUUAUUUGAAGACGAUUACAGCUCGUGGAGGUGAUUACAAUAUGGAUGGUUAUCCAGAUCUUUUAGUCACAUUGAAAGCCAUCACUGCACCGAAGGAGAGAAUGCAAACGUUUUUGCUUGAGAAUGUUCCUUGUACUGUGUGCAAUGGUCCUUUGAAGAGAACAUUCGAAGUUAAAUGGAAUGCCUUAUCGCCAAUGGGUAAUGAUACCGUUGCUGGAGCUUUUUAUGAUUUCUAUCAAGAUGGUGUUCUUGAUGUGAUUCUAAUGGAGAAGAAAAAUGGAAAAUACCGCCCACUAGCAUUCCGUAACACUCUUGAUUACGAUGCUAAUUUUGUCAAGGUCAUUGUCCUCACAGCUUUGACAAAUAAAUUUAAUCCCACAGAGAAGACCGCUUUGGGACGUAAAAAACGUACAUAUGGAACCAAUUUACCAGGACCCCGAAUCGAAUACUUUACCACGACCCAAGAGGGCGACAUUCAACGUGGAUCGAGUGUGCAACUUCCACAAUCUGCAUAUCUUGCUCUACAAAUGCCUUAUACAAUCUUUGGACUUGGUAGAACACCAAAUUUCGUAGACACUUUAAUAGUUGGUUUGGCAAAUAAAUCACGAACAUGGACACAAUUGAUUCCAAAUUCUCAAAUCAUUGUUGUGCCACAGCCAAUUGAAGAACCAUUACGCUGGAAAGCUCAGCUAUUCGUUACACCAAGUAAAUUGAUUUUAAUGAGUGUGGUGGCUUUAGGUGGAACUUGUUUGGUUAUUAUUUUGAUUAUUCUUGUACUCUAUAUUAAAGAGAAGAAAGAGGAUAAGCAGGAGAAAUUACAAGAAGCACACAGAUUCCAUUUUGAUGCUAUGUAAAAGUUAGAUUUCAGAGAGAAAGAAUCAGUGUGGAAGUUAGUUCGUGAUAAAUUAUUAAUUAAAUAUGUACUGAAAGAAUUUUAAUUUUUCUCUUCGAACCAAAAAAAAAAAUCUUGUUUUUUGUUUCUUUUAUUUUUUUUUUAAUUUAAAAAUUUUUAUGUAAGAUUGAAAUUUAAAUAACGUUAUUAUUAGAUAAA